CCCAGACCGAAUGUUGGCUGAAGAAAAAACAUUAGAUACCUUUCCCCGUUUUUGUGGGAGACAAGGGCAUAUCUAAAGAUACAUCCUUUUUACUCACCCUGUACAAUGAAAAUGACAAACCGUUAUUCUUCACCGUUACCUUCAAAAUAUAAUAAUUAAGUAUUGAGUUAUGGUAGAAAAAUUCAACUAAAAUGAGUUUUCAUUGUUAUAUAUGUAAGGGCAUAUUUAGUGGUGCAUAUAUCCUGGUAUGCACCUGACCAGCUGUUUGUUGUUCAAUUUUACAGCAUCGUUCUCUUGUCACAAAACGGCUGCCACAAGCUUCAUGCCCGCAGACCAAUUUCUCUUCUUUGCAUCAUGCGCCGAUCAAUAUUGAACGUGGUGUAAUAAAAAGUCACUCCAAUGAACGUAGUAAAGUUAAAUGAAGUUAUAAUCAAGGUUCUGCUUAUCAACGGUUUCCAUAGAAAUUAAUGGAGUCCACGUUAUCUCUCUUUCGUCGUUGGGUUUUUCCUACUGUUUUCCUAAAUCAGAAAACGAGCGUCAAUUAACGCCACAACCACAGCCAAGGUUGAGAUGUAAUCAUCAUAAUUAUCGAUUCCUUUAUUUUGUCUCAUGUCAAUCCUUCAACGUCGUCAUCACUUUUGCCAACAACGAAUUGAGCUGCGCACUUCGGAAAGGAACGACAGUCCAUGUAGACUAUUGGAGCAAGAUCUUGACAGAAUUAAAUAAACCGACAUCAAAGAGAAAAUGCUAUUUUUGCUCCUUCUCCUCCCGAUGUCUGGCCUGGUGACCGAGGCUUUCUUUGGGUCUCACUCCAGGGGUUGCUCGUGGGGCCUCGAGCGUUAUUUCAACGGCGUAGCAAACCGCGUUCUGCCCGGCCACGGCUACUGCAACCUGACGCUACCUUCUUUGGCCAUGUGCGGCAUGGAGUGUUUCAUCGAUGAUCGCUGCUUAACUUUCCACUACUCGGAGGGGGAGAGGCGGUGUGAGUUAAACGGGGCUACAGCGUCGCGAUACCCGAUGGCUCUGAUUGAGAGAGCUGGUACCGACUACUUCAGUCCGGAACAGCCGAGUUUUGCUGAGCUGCUAACAAAUGGAAGAGAAGUUCCAAUAAGACUGACUGACUGUUGGUACCACACUCACGCAUCAGCCGCCUCCGAGUGUCGUAGGACCGGCCAACACCUCUGCCUACAGUGGGAACUUGACCACGCCUCCAAGGAGGGCUACCCUGCCACACCUCCCUCAUGGUACGCUGAUCCUGACAGCCAGGCUGUGCUGACCGAGACCGGAGUGACCUACCACGACCUGCCGCUGACCGCCCCGUCUCCCGGCUUGUGCUGCUCCCUCCCGAUGACCUACCGAGACCCAGUCAUCACUCCGCAGAGCUACGAUUUAGCCGACCGUGCCGGGCAGGUCAGAGGUUGUUCCGACCUGGCAGCUCAUCCCUGCACCCUGGCCGAGCUGAAGGAGGCUUACGACCACGGCUACCGAAGUUUGUAUUGGGGCUACUUGGCUACACCAAACCGUGACACAAGGGUUGAUGGAUGCACUCAUCAUAAGGACGACGAGUGUUACCAAGGUACCAUAGCAAAUACACCAAGACCAGCCACGCGUAAGCAAGUGUACUGCUGCCCAAACCGUGUUUAAAACAAAACCUUAUCACUCCCUCCGAGUCAAGCGGUCACGCGCAAUCUGCAACCGAAUAAUAAUUGAGUGUAAUUGUUAUAAUCACAGUCACAUACCAUACUGCGCGUGCGUUACGAAGCAAAAUUAAAGUCCAAAAGAUUGGAACAUAUAUUUUGAACAACGGAAUGCAUUUGCGAAACUCGAAUGCGUAUUUAUCAAGAUCUAACGUAAGUUCUGAUGAACGGAAUGCAUUUUCCAAAAUAUGGAAUGCAUUUUUUAAAAUCGAACGUACAUCUUCGAAACAAACGCAUUUUAAAACAGAAUGAAUUCGCAUUCGAAACAUCGAAUUUGUAUUUUUACCACCCACAUGCAUUUCCCAAAACCAAAUGAAAUUUUUCAAACCGAACAUCUAAUACG